GUUUCCAGUUAACGGCGUAGCAAAACAAAACCGAAUAAAAACAUGCCAAAGAAAAAGUUGGUUUAAUGACCAGAACGGAUGGUUUGCAGGCCAGUUCCACAGUUCGUUUCAAACCGCCUUAAAGACAACAUUACUUAGCUUGGUUGACGGCAGCUCUUUUGCUUCUCUUUCGCACUCCCUCCUAACUCAAUAUGCAAAUUAUUGGAUCCAGUUUAUACAUUUUUGCAAUAGUUUUGCUCAGGGAAAAUUCUGCCACCCCAGCCAUACGUCCCCAAUCACAGCGUGGCAUCAUCUAUCCCCAAGACAACUGGGAUGAUUGUUUCGUUGAUGAGGCAUCCCGAAUUGCGGGCCGAUGCAAAUUGGUUGACGAAUGUCCCGAAGUUUUAAAGAAAUGGCAAAAAGAGAAAAUCUAUCCGAAAACCUGUUAUUUCAUCAAAAAAGAACAAUUUGUUUGCUGUCCCCUGGCGAUGGGCGUAACCACAAUGGAAGCAAUAACAGUAAGAACAACCCGGGGCACUACAUCGGGACCAAGUCUAUUGGAAUUGACUGGGUUGAGGCGUAGUGAUUUGGAAUGUGACUUAAAUACUAAAGUCGAAGCAACCAUUGUCAAUGGUACACCAGCCAAUCCCGAUGAAUUUCCAUUUAUGGCCGCCCUGGGCUGGACCUCCAACUUCGACAACAAGCCAUGGUAUCGCUGUGGGGGAGCAGUUAUUUCACCAAAAUUCGUUCUGACUGCGGCACAUUGUGCAGAAAUCGGAGGGGAAUUCCCCAGUCUGGUACGCAUUGGUGGUUCAAAUUUGACUGAUGCCUCGGUACGAGAUGUGAAAAUAAAACGAUUCAUAAAACAUCCGCAAUAUAAUGCCAAGACAGUUUACAAUGAUAUAGCUUUGAUAGAGCUGGAAGAGGAAGCUAAAGACAUCUACGCCCCCUGCUUGUGGUCGGAGGAAACGCUAAUUUCCGACAAUGUCAUUGCCGUGGGUUAUGGUCACACCCAAUUCGGUGGCAUUGCCUCAAAUCAGCUACUAAAGACUGAUCUGAAAAUUGUAACGCACAACGAUUGUCAGCAGUAUUAUGGUACAAACAGUGAUGCUGCACCUAGCGGAAUCGGGGCCAAAACCCAUUUAUGUGCCGGAGAUCCGGAACGUUUACGUGACACCUGUCAGGGUGAUUCGGGUGGACCACUGAUAUUGGAAAAAAUUAAUGGACGAUUUAAACGUGCAUAUAUUGUUGGAGUAACGUCGUUUGGUUUAGGCUGUGCCGGUGAACCACCAUCGAUUUACACACGGGUCUCUUCGUAUUUGGAUUGGAUCGAGAGGAUUGUGUGGUCAGCGGACAUUAUAUAGAAGUAUUCAUUCAAUGAUGUUUUUAGUUUUUAAAUAAAGUAUUAAUAUUGUUUUACUUAACCCAG